AGGGGAUUGGCACUGGGGAAUAAACAUUAUUAAGGGAGAUAUAUUUAGCUAUAGCAUACACUACUAGUACCCACUACUAGCAAUGGCUUCCUCAAUGAUCUCAUCGGCUACCAUUGCCACUGCCUCUCCGGCACAGGCUAACAUGGUCGCUCCUUUCACCGGUCUCAAGUCUGCCUCUGCUUUCCCAGUCACCAGGAAGGCCAACAACGACAUUACUUCUCUCGCAAGCAAUGGCGGUAGAGUGCAAUGCAUGCAGGUGUGGCCUCCUACUGGGAAGAAGAAGUUUGAGACUCUCUCAUACCUCCCCGAUCUUACACCCGUGCAGUUGGCUAAGGAAGUAGAUUACCUUCUUCGCUCAAAAUGGGUUCCUUGCUUGGAAUUCGAAUUGGAGGAGGGAUUCGUGCACCGUAAGUACUCGAGCUUACCCACGUACUACGAUGGACGCUACUGGACCAUGUGGAAGCUGCCCAUGUUCGGGUGCACCGACUCGGCUCAGGUGUUGGAGGAGCUUGAGGAAUGCAAGAAGGCAUACCCCAAUGCAUUCAUUAGAAUCAUUGGCUUCGACAACGUGCGUCAAGUGCAGUGCAUUAGUUUCAUUGCCUACAAGCCUCCAGGCUUCUAAGCUUUUUAUUAACUUUGUCUCUCCAUUUGUUUGAAUUUGUACUCAGAAAAAACCAUGUUCUUUACUUUUGCUUUUCCUUUUCUUUGAGUUAUUGGCCUUUGUUUCUCGAUUUCCGGGUUUUAAUCCUGAGAACUAAUGAAUAAAAAGUUGGUUUUCUUCCCAA